AUAGCAGUUCGUGUGAUAGACGUACAUUUAUUUGCAUAUCAUAAUUAGUGCCAAAAAGACGUGGUAGUGAAAUAAAUACCGUUUCUUUGUGAUAGUAACAACCGUGUAAGAGACAGGUUAUAUUGGAAAUAAGCAUGACGGAAGGCCUAGUCCAGAGGCCUGUGAAUGGCCAGACGACAAAGCAACCGGACAAGGAUUCAACGGAAGUUAACGAUGGACCUAAAUAUUGGGAUCCAUUGACAGAUGGCGUCAAAUGGAUAGAGAAGUAUGCUGAACCUCUGGAGGACUUCUUCAAGAGACUGCCAGAGUUUAUCAGCACCUUCAUUGCCACAUUUGCGGUGUUUACUUUUGGCGCCACGUUGAGAGGCGAAUGGGUUGUAAUCUUGGUGACGGCGCUGAAGCAGAUCACAGGACACACGCAGAGUGAGCGCAACAUGACCACUGAGGAGAUAUUCAAUAUGUUUACUUCACAAAACCUCAAGAUGGAGAAUUUUGGCAUCAUUUUCAUAUUUGCGCACGUCGUGUCUUUGUCCGGGUACUUUCUACUAGGAGGAUUCCUUCAUUGGUAUUUCUACAUGCAGAGGAAGCACCUCGCCCACGAGUGGAAGAUCCAGCCCACCAAGUGGCUGAGCCCCGAGCUGGAACGGCACGAGAUCAUGGUGGGCACCUUCUCGCUGCUCAUCGUCGGCUCAUUCUCCGCCUUCCUCGCCUGCUACAUCUAUAACGGGAAUCCCUCAACAGUCUACUACCAAUUCGACGAGUACGGCUGGGCUUGGUUCUUCCUGCAGUUUCCAGUCAUAUUUAUCUAUAUGGAUUACACGACUUACAUCCUUCACCGGCUGUACCACACGCCGUGGCUCUACAAGCACUUCCACAAGCUGCACCACAAGUACAAGCAGCCGACCGCCUUCUCCGUCACCGCCAUACAUCCCUUCGAGAUCAUGCACGUUCAGCUCACCUCCUGCCUGCCGCUCUUCACUUUCCCCGUGCACUGGAUGCCGUUCUACCUAGUGGCGUUGUACACUUACUACCAUGGCAUCAUCGACCACUCGGGCAUCAACUUCAAGGCGCAGUGGUGGCAGCCGUGGCAGCCAGACGCAGAGUUCCACGACCAGCACCAUCAGUUCUUCCACUGUAACUUCGGAUUCAAUAUGACCUUCUGGGAUAAGUUGCACGGCACGAUGAGGAAAACAAACCACGUGUAUACAGAGAAUACUUACCACGGUGAGGCUCCGGCGGCGAACUCCGCUGCGGCGCGGGCCAUCAUUGCGGCCGACCCCGAGGCCAAGCAUCAGCUCCAACAAACUAAAACCAGCCUCAACGCAAACUAAACUAUACUUGAUUGCACAAUAAAAGAAAGGAAUUUUUUCCAGUCUUUUAUAAUAUAUCGAAAAAUUAUACUGUGAUGGAUUUACCAUUGAUGUGAUCGUAUUUAAUAUUUUAAAUAUAGUAAUAACUUUAGACCUAAUAAAUGUAAAUAAAUGUUAACUGAACUUAA